AUGCAUUCGUUUGCACCCACAUUCGUUAUCUCAUACUACGCCCUCCUCGCCACGCUCUUCUCCUUUUCGUCUCUUCUCAUCGUUCCGGCAUACGCAGCGCCCCUCCCGCUGCUUUAUGGCUACCGCGGCGACGCAAUACAAACAUCAUCUUCGCCAAGGAGUCAUUUAUACACCUACAGCGAACUGGCAAACAAAUUUCUGAUGGACAACGACGCAUAUCUGACCAAUAGCGGCGCGUUAACGAUGCCCUGGGAGGGCGGUUACGAGCAAGAACAUGCUGCUAUGAAGGCGUUUAGCGCUGCAGCUGAGUGGGCGUCUCGGUUCUCUCAAUCUCGAUAUAACCCUCCCCAGCCUCGGCCGGCUCAGCACCAGCACCAACCGCCACAGUUCCAGCCCCCUCAAGCUGACGGCGCGUUCCGCCAUUAUGUGCACUGCGGCGAGGGAUUCACCGCUGCCGAUGCAAAUUCGAACGGUAACAUAGCACUGAUGGAGAGGUUUAGGAAGUAUGCUGUGUUGAGGAGCGCAGCACUGGCAGAUAUGAAGAGGAGAAUUUUGGAUCGUCAGAGAGCUUCGCGAGGGACUACAGAAGCGAUUUCAGAGCGUGCUCAGGACUAG